CACGGCUCCAUUUGCAAAUGGAGUUUCGACUCAGAUGUGAUCAUAUACAUUUUCUUUAAGAAUUUUCUGUUAGGUUAUUGGUUUUCUUGCAUCCGUUCCCUCACAUUCCCCGUUUUUAGUUGAUGAUCGAAUGUUAUCGCAGGCUAAGCCGACUGAUCUGGUGCAGGAAAAAGGCACGUGUGACACCCAUAUCGCGUGGGAAGUACAAACGUGUGAGCAAGCGAACUUCGUCAAAGGGGUCCAAGACCCAACCGUGGUCGGCCAGAUUUGGGGCCGAUCAGACCCAUCCGCAUGGUUAGCUUCCCGACCACCCUCCUGUCUGUGCACCAGAUCUCUAUUAACGCCUCAUGCGGUAAGAUGCUGGUGCACUUCCUGCAAGAGCAAGGGAAGGGGUGAAGGAAAAGGAGGAAGAAGAUUAGGAGAAGGAUCUCGAGAGAAAGGAGGGGGAGGAGGAGAAGAACAAGAAGAAGAAGAAGGAUCUAUGGUCUAGUUUAUGGUUUGGGAGAGAGAAAAGGAAACAUGGCGGAAUCAUUUCUCUUCCCCUGCGUUUGAUGUGACGGGAGUCUGGUGAAACCAAACUGCCAACAAGGGCAGGGCGAGGGGAUUCGUAUGUGGGCGCUUUUCGAACUAAGGAAGGAAAAUAAGAGUAACUACUCUGAUCUGUUGAGGAUUUAGUGGUGCCCAUUUGAGGUAUUGAUCGGGAUCGCUGGGUCUUGCGGCGAUUGCUCUCUGGUUCCGGCGGCCCUACGCACUGAAUGUUUUUGCCUUUCUGAAGUGCAGAAGAUGCUCUCUGUGUAGAAGGGAGGAUGGUUUAAAUAUUACUUUAGGCUGCAUUUUGGAUCAUGGGUAAUGGCGAGAUGGACACAGCGGGAAAGACCGCGAAGACGUCUGCAGCCCAGGAACAGCCUCCUACCAGUAGUUCUGCAGUAUAUCCAGAUUGGACUGCAUUUCAGGCUUAUUAUGGCUCUGGUGCCGCUGCUAUCCCUCCUCCUGGUUUCUUCCACUCAUCUGUGGCAUCAAGCCCUCAGGCUCAUCCAUACAUGUGGGGACCUCAGCACCUAAUGCCUCCAUAUGGAACCCCGCCACCUCCAUAUGUUGCUAUGUACCCUCACGGUGGGCUGUAUGCCCAUGCGUCACUUGCGCCAGGGUCCCACCCGUUUAGUCCUUAUGCCAUGCUUUCCCCAACUAGCAAUGCUGAUGCUUCUGGUGCUGCACCCAGUGGAAAUGAAACUGACGGUAAGUCAUCAGAGGACAAGGAAAGAAGUUCUCUAAAGCAGUCAAAAGGGAGUCUAGGCAGCUUAAACAUGCUCACCAGGAAGGGUGAUGAUAUGAAAAAAAAAUCAGCAGCUCCUAAUGGAGUAUUUUCUCAAAGUGGUGAGAGUGGAAGUGAGGGCUCUAGUGAAGGAAGUGAUGCAAAUUCCCAGAAUGGUUCACAGCAGCAGGCCUAUGAUCGGCAAGGUUCGAGAGAAGCUGAGGAAUCUCAGAAUGGUACUGGAUCCAAUCUACAAAAUGGAAUAACUGCUGCUUCACAUUCUCUUAUUAAUCAAACUAUGCCAGUCAUGACAAUCCCACCAGCUAGUGUUCCUGGUCACCCCUCUGGUCCUACAACAAAUUUAAAUAUUGGGAUGGAUUAUUGGGCUGGAGCAGCUCCAACCCCUAUAUCAACAAUGCGUGGAAAGCUCCCUAAUACUCCAGUUACUGGACAAGUUGUUCCCUCUGGUCUUGCUGGGACUCGUGACAACAUCCAGUCAGAAGUCUGGCUACAGGAUGAGAGGGAACUUAAGAGGCAGAGAAGGAAGCAGUCUAAUAGGGAAUCAGCUCGCCGCUCUAGACUACGAAAGCAGGCUGAGUGUGAAGAAUUGGCUCAGCGUGUGAAAAUUCUUGAGGAGGAAAACACUGCCCUUAGGUCAGAACUGAAUCGUGUCAGAAAUGAUCUUGAGCAGCUUUCUUCUGAAAAUUCUUCUCUUAAGAGCAAGCUAGGGGAAAUCACAGAUGGACCUGAAGAUGGACGACCUGGACUGGCUGAUUCAUAGAUGCUGGUCUUUGACUGCUGCAAUGCACACGGUAGUAGCUUCAAAGACAGACCAAGCAAUUUUCCAGCACUAUAACCAAUCCAACUAGAAGUAAUCUCAUUCGUGUUGUAGAAUGUUAAAGUUUUCAUGGCCGUUCAGCUGUCCCCUCUCCUGGUCUAAUUAUGAAUGUUCUCGCUUCACGUUCCUGAGCCUUGAAUGACCCAAAUGACAAGCUAAUGACUUUCACCUUUUGUUUUUCCUUUUGUAGUUUUAGAAAGGGAGCUGUUAACAAGCUUUGGUCUUGAUGUUCUUCUGUAUAUCACACCUGUGCCAGUUCUGAGUUAACAUUCAAAUAAGAUAAUUAUAUGAAGAUAUGAAGCAGUUAAAUGGUUC